AUAGCCUUUUUGUGCAGGUGUUCUUCGAUGAACUAUUAUGUUGAGAUCAUUCAUUGGCAAGUUAGAAGACAUGCGUGUAAAGCCUGCGACGGAAUAGAUUAUCGAAUUGAUGCACCCCUGCAGUUUUAAAGAUUGGCUCUUUGCUUGAGUGAUCUGGAAUUCCCGUCACACCAAUUUGCAACACGGCUGAAGAUAGAAAUCGAAAAUGAAGCACUGUUGGGUCAUUGUCAGCAGUGUUGUUCUCCUGAUAUUCUUCCACACCUGUCAGUCAGCAGGUGAUCAUGUGCGCACAGCUGGUGACCACGACGACCAUGAUCACCAUGGCGAUGAAGAAGAAGACCAUAGCAACCAUGAGCAUGGAACAGACGGUUCCCGUGGCGACCAUGAUGAACUGAGCCAAGGUGAAAUGAUUGAGAAAGAGAAGAAACAUUUCAUUAAACUGUUGUUCAAAAAGUACGGACACGAAGGGCGUAUCGAAUUUGAGGGUUUUGAGCACCUUUUGGAAAGCUUAGGAUUGGCUCAGGUCAAAAUUGAAGACCAUGACAUUCAUGAUCAUCAUACGGGGUCGGGUUUCCGUAAUUUACACAGAAGUCAUCACCAUUUUAAAAACGGGACUGAGAAACCGAGGAAGAAGAAGAAGAAGCGUUUGCAAUGGAAGAAGAAGCUGCUGACGGCGAUUUCCGACGCCAUCGAGCCAUUUGAUCGUAAUAGUACGAAGAUUCGGCACGUUAAACAGCAGCGCCACCACAAGGGGGCGCAGAGAGGAAGGAAACAGCACGUGAAAUCAAGCGAUGGUCGAUCCAAGAGGGCUGUUGCGCAAGAACCAACACAGUGUAUGACUCCGUCCCAGCUUUUCAUGGCGUACCAGCUCAAAUACGAAAACGGCCUUACGGAGGCAGAGUUCCUGAGCGUGUGUCCUGCCAUGGUCUACCAACUCGACAUCCACGUCUGCAACCGAAACCUCCAACAGACCAAGGAUUGUUUUCACGGGAAGGAACAUUCGUAUCGGUACCACCCGAAGGAGAAAGGUGGCACUACGCAUGAUGACGAUGAUGAUCACGAUCAAAGCCAUGAGAAGAAGAGACGCCACGGACACAACCACGGGGUAUCGGCUGAGCGUACCUGGGAGUUACAUGAGCUACCUGCACACAUAUGGGGUUUCGCCUUCCUCUCCAUCACUAUCAUCAGCUUGGUGGGUCUCGGCGGCGUGGCCGUGGUUCCCAUCAUGCAGAAGGUCUUCUACAAUCACCUGAUACAGUUCCUGGUGGCGCUAGCGGUCGGAUCGCUGACGGGAGAUGCGUUGCUUCAUCUUCUACCUCAUUCGAUAUUGUCGGUGGAGACGGGUCAUGACACGUCAGAUGAGGCUGCGGAGGCAGCCGAGAAAAACAGCGUCUAUAAGGGACUGGUGGCGCUUGCCGGGAUCUACUUCUUCUUCAUCGCCGAGAGGAUCAUGGCCAUUUUGGCCGAGAAGAAAAAACAGAGAAAGAGAAAGAGAAAGCGCAGUAUCAGGGAGUCCGUUGUUGGUCAGAAGCUAUCGGAUUAUGGUGAUAAUGGCCUUGGGAAAUCAUGUGAAGACAUUGUCAUGGUGCUAAAUCCAAAUAAAGCUGUAAUGCAAGAUGCUCUUGACGUUGUUGUCGACGAACAUCGUCGGUCCUCGUCAAAAUCCGCCACGUUAGAGGUUCCGAAUCACCUUAAUAGCAACAGCCGCCACGCGUCGCAACAGAGUUUAAAAAGCCACGAGAGCCACGCCGACGAAAGCGACCAGGAGGACGGCACGAAGAAAGGUCAUGGUCACAGCCACGGUGAUGGGAAACCACCAACAUCUAUUGCGGCCGUCGCUUGGAUGGUGGUGCUUGGAGAUGGGUUGCAUAAUUUCAGCGACGGGCUUGCGAUCGGCGCAGCGUUUGCUAAUAGUUUAACAGGAGGGUUGAGUACGUCAAUUGCCGUAUUUUGCCACGAGCUUCCUCAUGAAUUAGGUGAUUUUGCGGUGUUACUCAAAGCGGGCAUGACGGCCAAACAAGCCUUGUUUUAUAACCUCCUCUCCUCUGUGCUGGCAUUUCUCGGGAUGAUCAUAGGUGUAUGCGUGGGCAACAUCAGUUCGGCGAGUUUCUGGAUCUUCGCGAUGACGGCUGGCAUGUUUUUGUAUAUAGCUCUUGUUGACAUGUUGCCAGAGAUCAGUACGGUUGAGACAAAACCAGGCGAGAGUCCGGUGUGUCAUCUCUUCCUCCACUUAGCCGGUAUUACGGUCGGUUCCGGUAUUAUGUUAGUCAUCGCGCUAUUCGAGGACCAGAUACGUAUCAGCACGGAGGAUCCCUUUCAUAUGGCUAACGUGACGUCAACACUUGCACCAUGAUCUGAAACUUUUGAAGGGUCAAGGACAGCAGGUGGUUUUAGCUUUGACCUUGACCUCUGACUAUUGACCUCGAAUCCUCUAUGGAGGUCAAGUUAAGGGUCAAUGUUGGAAUGGUUCACCUCUGUCUGACCUUGACCUCUGAUACAUCUGCUGCUGGUGAAGGUCAGGGUCAUGGUUAGGACAGCCUCUGACCUUGACCUCGGAAGAUGUGAAGAAUCUCUUUUUAUGCAUUUGACAAAUCUCUUAGGGUGGGGUCUCGAAAUUUAUAUAUAGAAUUUCCCUAGAACUUUAUGAAAAUGAUAUCUAGUGUAGUUAAAUUUCUAGCUGUAUUUUCGUAUUUUGUUUUGGGAAAAGACCAUCAGGAUGUACAUCUUUCUCAUCAUUAUUUAUAGUUUGGUGCAAGGUUAAAUCAUAUAUUACAUUGAGAUUGAAGGUGUCAUAUAUAUGUACGGUCACAAAAAACUGGGUCAAUGUGUCUGGAAAAUAUGCAACGGGUUUUCCUUACAUCCUUUAUCGGAAGGUGCAACCAAGUGCUGGUGAAUCAACAUUUAGUAGGGCAUCUGCACAUGUACAUGACAUCACUCACACCAAAUGUGUUAAUGUGUUAUCUCCCCAGAGAAAAUGUGGCUGCUUCUCGAAGUUGAAAUAAGUCGUGUGGCUUUGCGCUGUACUCUUUUAGCUGUCUGUAUAUUGCUUAGAGUUGUCUGUGAUCUAACGAAGGAAGAGGGAACACUCUUGUAAUGAAGGUUUCUGCUGUGAUUGCCAGAGUGCAUGAACGUCCAGAGCUAUACCUCCUGGAAGAAGAGUCCAUUGAUCCUAUUCUUUUGUUACGCAGGGUAUUUCAAUGUGAAUCGGGUCCAUGCUUUAGUCGGCUACGCACCAUCGGCCGUUAAAUGUGCUCUUGUCCAUGCCCUACAACAAAGAAUUGGGCAUUGGAAUGUUCUUCUUUCGGUAUAGCAAGGCCUGCUUAUGACGCGCUUGUACACUGUGAUUCAGUCUGAUAUAAAACGGUAACCAGAGCUUGUACAUAAAAUAUGUUAAAUUUUUACCAAUAAUGUAUUCUUCUUCCAACGGUAAAGGUAUAGUCUGUAAUUGUAAACUUGUGACCAUUUUUUUAUUCCUGUCAUUACAUCAUCUGACCAUACACAUUUGAUUAUCAGUACUGUAUAUCUCUUCAGUUGUCAAAUGGCUUAUAUUUUCUUCAUCAGAGGAUGCACGAACUCCGUCUUGUGCCACUUCGAAUGUUAUACUUGGGAAUAAGGGGGGUAAUUUUGAGUUCAAAAUGGAGCGAAAAUCAAAAUAUGGGAUAGAUCAAUUGGAAUAACUUUUUCAUUUUUUUCCAAAGAGGUGCUUUUCCGUUCACAGGUGCUACCAGUUGAAAUGAUUUAAAUGAUGUUGGCUUGAAAACUUUUCAAGAUUGCUACUUUGGCAUAAUUAAUGUGUUUAAGGGACAAUUUUUUAAGCAGGCAGCUACAGUAGAACCUCUCUAUUAAGGACACUAUCGGAACUAACAAGUGCUGUCCUUAAUUGAGGGGUGCCCUGAUUAGAGAGGUCAAACUGAAUGGAAACAACCAAUUUGGGACCAAAACUAGUGUCCUCAAUAGAGAGGUUGUCCUUUAUAGAGAGGCAUCUGCUAAGGGAGGUUCCACUGUAUAAUGUACAUUUGUAUUAGGUUUUUUCGAAAAUGGCUUCCAGCAGAACCAUCACUGAGACAGUCCCCAAGCUGGGGACGUCAAAUGUCGGUCAUUUUUGAUUACAUUGUAUGGGUUCAACCACUGAACCCCUUAAAUUUGCUUAUGGGGGGGGGGGGGGGGGUUGCUGUAUGUCGCCUUGGAAGAAUCAAACGAUUUGUACAUAGACUUAGUAAAUAUUAUUCUACAACCUUGAAUCGUUGUAUUAUGUAAAUGUAAGUGAUAAAAUAUGUAUAUUUUUAACUACCGUAAGUUUUCAUUUAAAUAUGAUAUAAACAACCAGGUGCCUACAUGUAUAA